AGAUCUGUUCAUGGCUCUGCUUCUGGGGUUAGUUGGAUGCAUGCUUGUUGUUGGGCUUGAUGGCCUUGACCGGGCAUCUCAAGAAUAUAAGGCCCAGGCAAAAGCCCAUUGGUAAGAGCAAGUACUGUCCAACACGGGAAUCCUCACCUCAUUCCUUCAAUUCUGUUUCAAUUCCUCUCUUGAACAGAUCAAAUGGCACACUCACACGAAGAGCAUCAUCAUGAGGAGGAGGAGAAGCUCAGGUUCUUCUCCUCACCCCUGAAACAUGAACCAGCUUCCUUGCCAAGGCAUGAAUCCAAGAUCAGCGACGAGGAGAACAGGAAGGAUGGUCCACAUACAACGAACAAUGAGAUACCCUGGAAUCGGGACGGCCAAUUACACGAAAGCCCUGAGUUUCAUCGUCACGAAGCAGCUCAGUCAAUUGAGCUCUUCUAUGACCUGUUCUUUGUUGCUAACCUUACGACUUUCACUGCGAAUCACAACAUCAAUACAGUUCGAACCUUGUCCUCAUAUGUCGGGUUUUUCUGUAUUUUGUGGUUCACUUGGUACCAAUCCACACUCUACGACGUUCGCUUCGCUGUCGAUAAUGUUGUGGAGCGUGUCUUCAAACUCGUAAACUUCGGUGUGAUGAUGGGACUUGCUGCCGUGGGAUCCGGAUUUGAUCCCGACGAUACGGCUAACAAGUGGAAGACAUUCAGAGAAUUGACUCUUAUACUGAUGGUUUCGAGACUGACGCUCGUUGCUCAGUACUCCUUCACGCUGUUUUGGACCAGAAAGUAUCGGCAAAUCGUACUCCCUCUUUUGAUGGUCAUCGCCAUGAGCUUCAUCGCGAGCAUGGUAUAUCUUGGUCUGUACUUUGCUUUCCAGGAAGGCAAAGACACGAAUGCUUAUGUCGCCUGGUACAUCGUUGCUGUACUCGAAACUGUCCUCACCACUUGCGUGUCUAUGAAGUGGCGAGUCAUCAGUUUCAAAGGUACCCAUAUUCAAGAGAGACUGAGUUUACUGACCUUGAUUAUUCUUGGCGAGGGUAUAAUCCUUCUGUGCAAGAGUAUAUCAUACAUCAUCAAGGGUUCGUGGGUCUUCACUUCCGAUACCAUUGGUAGCAUCAUAGCUGCUCUUUUGAUCAUAUACGGCCUUUACCAGGUGUAUUUUGAUAGAGUAGUCGAACAUCAUUUCGGUACGAUCAGGCAGCAAAUAUGGUCGUUCGCCCAUUUCCCUAUGCAUAUUGCGCUUGUACUGGCUCUCGAAGGUACCCGUCAAUUUGUCAUCUGGAGACAAGCGAUUCCUAUGGUGGAUACAGUCUACGCCAAUGUUUUUCAAUGGGAUUUUACAGUGCCUCAGGCACCAGAGGUCUUCGAAUCCGCCAUCACCACGAUAUGGGACUAUGCCGUGUACUCUUUCUCGUUUGUGAAAGACGCGGAUAUCUCCAGCACGAACCAAACAGUCUACGAUAGUCUGGCAACGAUUGCAAACUUGACGAACACAGCUGACCUCGCCUGUAACGAGGAUUUCACGGUCUGCACUGACGACGUGUACACUAUCGACGGAGCUCUCUUCGACAUAUUUGUUGCGAUUACGAAGUUCGAGUUCGACUUGCUCGGAAUAAAGGCUCCUAAGCCAAAGGGCGACAAGAAGCCAACUCAAUCAGACGUCAUCACAUCGUAUAGCGCAAUCUUCGACAUGAUCUUUACAUAUUUCUUCAUCACGGCCGGUCUCACUCUCAUCCUGAUAGGUAUGCUGCACUGGAUAGCCACUCCGCCGAAGAAACUUGGCGACUACCUUCGUGGUGGUUCGAACUUUGUUAUUGGUCUUGGUCUGUGUCUGCUUUCAACAAUGUCACUAGCACGAAGUCCCGACACUUACGGCAGCGUGGACAAGUACCAAUAUGGGUCUUGGGUUCUAUCAACAUUCGUAUUCGCGUUGUUCGCUAACGUUGUGCUAAACCAUGUUCGCCGGCCUGCGUUCAUGACGAAGACGCACAAUUGAAGUUACGAGAUCAAACGGCGCAAGAUGAGAGAAGCUGUAUGAUUUAUACCAGUUCCUUUCCUGCCCACAGGGUAAUGGCGGUAUUUCCUGUUGGAUAUUGUUGUCCUGUCACGGCAUCUGAUCCGAUACUUGUUCUCAUUUAUAGAGUUUGUAGCGAUUUUGUUAAUGCCCUGCGACUGAAUUAAGAUACCACUUGCUUCGCCUGAUUCAUUGACGCUUCAUCGGGUAUGGGA